AUGGUCUUCUUCAUCAUCAUGUUCUCAGACCUCGAAUGCGACUAUAUCAAUCCCAUUGAUCUCUGUUCACAGCUAAAUCGCUUUGUCCUGCCAGAAUACAUCGCCCAUGGUUUCCUUUGCGUGCUUUUCCUCCUGUCCGGCCAAUUCAUGGCACUCGCAUUAAACCUCCCACUGAUUGCUUAUAAUGUUCGAAAAGUAAUGUCGGGACAACACAUUUAUGACGCAACAGAAAUCUUCCGAACACUACCGCAGCACAAAAAGGAGAGCUUUAUCAAGCUUGGAUUCUACCUCCUUUCCUUCUUCUACUACCUGUACCGAAUGAUUGUGGCUCUCGUCUCUGAGAGCGAGUAG